AUGGUCCACAUUCCUGGUUCCCAGAAUAUAGCUGAUGCACUUUCUCGUUUGGAUUCGUCAAAUCCUGUACCGUUUGAUCCGGAAGAAGAACUUUUCAUUCGACAAGUGGCUGCUACUGCAGCGGCUUCCUUUGCUUUGAAGUGGGAAAAUAUAGAAGAAGAGUGCAGGAAAGACCUCGAAAUCAUUGAACUAAUCAAAAUGAUUCGAAAUGGAGAUGAGGAAAACAUGCCGUUGUCGUAUAAAGUGAUCGCCAAUGAACUCUGCAUUGUUGGUGACGUGCUUCUACGAGUCGAUCGGAUAGUUAUUCCGAAAUCACUCAGAGAGCAUGUGUUGCAGCUGGCACACGAGGGCCACCCAGGCAUGCGCAUGAUGAAAAGUCACUUGAGGUCGAAUGUAUGGUGGCCGCAGAUUGAUCAACAGGUCGAAAGGGUUGUUAGGCAAUGCAAGGGGUGUUCUUUGGUUGCUGCUCCAAAUCCUCCGGAACCACUGAUUCGUAAGCAGCUUCCCGAUCAACCGUGGAUUGAUGUUGCAGCUGAUUUUCUCGGACCGUUGCCUGACGGACAGUACUUACUGGUUGUGGUAGAUUAUUACAGCCGUUUCAUGGAAGUCAGCGAAAUGCAUUCAAUUACUGCUAGUGAAACGAUUAGUGAACUAGCAAUAAUUUUCAGUCGUUUCGGUCUACCAAUGACUCUGAGAGUCGACAAUGGUCCACAACUGAAUGAAAAUUGCGAAGAGUUCCGUGAGUUUUGUGAAUCGAAUGGUAUUACGUUGAUAAACACCAUACCUUUCUGGCCCGCGAUGAACGGAGAGGUGGAAAGGCAGAAUAGGUCUCUAUUGAAAAGGCUCAGAAUCUCGCAGCAACUAGGGAAGGAUUGGAGGGCUGAGAUGCGGCAAUACCUUUUAACCUACCACUCUACGAAUCACAGUACAACAGGAAAGUCGCCUGCUGAGCUCAUGUUUGGCAGAAAGUUAAGGACCAAGCUACCCCAAGUUCCUCCGCAUCGAUUGGAAGAUGAAGAAGUAAGAGAUCGUGAUGCCAUCACAAAGGAGAAGGGAAGGAUAUAUACAGAUGCGAAAAGGAAGGCAAAGGAAAGCGAUAUUGUAGAGGGCGACAGAGUUGUUGUGAAACGAAUGAAGAAGGAUAAUAAGCUGGACACUGUCUUUUCACCGGAAGAAUUUGAAGUUGUUCGCAAAACUGGUGCGGAUACUAUAAUCAGAUCUCUUGGAACUGGAAAACAAUACCGAAGGAAUGUAGCACAUCUCAAGAAGCUUGAAACUGCGAAUGUUCCGGAAUCGCCAGAUGCAGCUACAAGUUCAACUCAUGUAAAUCCACAGCAGGUUCCAGAAACAGCAGAUGAAACAACGAGUAUCGAAACACCAAUGGACGAAGCAGAGUCACUGACGAGAAGAACAACCAGAUCAAGAAACGAGCCGAAGCACUUCAAGGAUUUCGUCCCAUAUUAG